AUGACAAGCGAGAGACCGGUGGCAAUGCCGGGCUCGGUGUCGCUCUCGGACCGACAACCUCCUCCAGGUCACAGGCAGCACACGGCUGCAGUCUCCGCUGGCUCCAGUGAGACAAUGAUGAUGUCCGCUUCAGGUUCAGUGGUCCUCCCGGCUGGGAUUAUCAAUCCAUCGGUUCCAAUCCGGAAUAUCAAGAUGAAAUUUGCUGUUCUCAUCGGACUGAUCCAGGUUGGAGAGGUUAGCAACCGGGAUAUUGUUGAAACGGUGCUGAAUUUGUUGGUGGGUGGUGAGUUUGAUAUGGAGACAAACUUCAUUAUACAGGAUGCGGAAAGCAUCGGCUGCAUGGUGGAGCUGUUGGAGCACUGUGAUGUCACCUGUCAGGCUGAAAUCUGGAGCAUGUUCACCGCCAUCCUUCGAAAAAGUGUUCGAAACCUGCAAACAAGCACCGAGGUGGGCCUCAUCCAACAGGUGCUGCUCAAAAUGAGCUCGGUGGAAGACAUGAUUGCAGACCUGCUUGUGGACAUGUUGGGAGUGCUAGCCAGCUACAGCAUCACAGUGAAAGAACUGAAGUUGCUCUUCAGCAUGCUACGAGGAGAAGGAGGCCUCUGGCCGAAGCAUGCAGUCAAAAUGUUGUCAGUGCUGAAUCAGAUGCCCCAGCGACAUGGUCCAGAUGCCUUCUUCAACUUUCCUGGUCGCAGUGCAGCAGCCAUCGCUUUACCUCCUAUUGCCAAGUGGCCUUAUCAGAAUGGGUUUACGUUCAACACCUGGUUCAGAAUGGAUCCCUUGAAUAACAUCAAUGUUGACAAGGACAAACCAUAUCUCUACUGCUUUCGCACCAGCAAGGGCAUUGGCUACUCUGCACAUUUUGUUGGUAACUGCUUGAUCGUGACAUCACUCAAGUCUAAAGGAAAAGGUUUCCAGCAUUGUGUGAAGUAUGAUUUUCAGCCCAGAAAGUGGUACAUGAUCGGUAUAGUUCACAUCUACAGCCGCUGGAGAAACAGUGAAAUUAGAUGCUACGUUAAUGGACAGCUCGUUUCUUAUGGAGACAUGGCAUGGCACGUCAACACAAAUGAUAGUUAUGAUAAGUGCUUCCUCGGCUCCUCGGAGACAGCAGAUGCUAACAGAGUAUUCUGCGGGCAGCUAGGAGCCGUCUACGUAUUCAGCGAGGCCCUCAAUCCCGCACAGAUAUUUGCAAUUCAUCAGCUUGGGCCAGGCUACAAGAGCACAUUUAAGUUCAAGUCAGAGAGUGAUAUCCACUUAGCAGAACAUCACAAACUAGUGUUGUAUGAUGGCAAGUUGGCUAGCUCCAUCGCCUUCACCUAUAAUGCCAAGGCCACUGAUGCCCAGCUCUGCCUGGAGUCCUCCCCUAAAGAAAAUGCCUCCAUCUUUGUGCACUCACCGCACGCCCUUAUGCUACAGGAUGUGAAAGCCACAGUGACUCACUCCAUCCACAGUGCCAUCCACUCCAUUGGUGGGAUCCAGGUGCUCUUUCCCCUCUUUGCUCAGCUGGACUAUCGUCAGCUGAACGACAGCCAGGUGGAAACCACUGUAUGUGCCACUCUCUUGGCCUUUCUGGUUGAGCUGCUCAAGAGCUCUGUGGCCAUGCAGGAGCAGAUGCUGGGAGGAAAGGGCUUUUUGGUGAUUGGAUACCUGCUAGAGAAGUCAUCACGUGUACACAUCACCAGGGCUGUAUUAGAGCAGUUCCUCUCCUUUGCAAAGUAUCUGGACGGUUUGACACAUGGGGCACCACUGCUGAAGCAGCUGUGUGACCACAUCCUGUUCAAUGCUGCCAUCUGGAUCCACACCCCUGCCAAGGUACAGCUCUCUCUGUACACAUACCUUUCUGCUGAGUUUAUUGGCACGGCAACCAUCUAUAACACAAUUCGUCGAGUGGGCACAAUGCUUCAGCUCAUGCAUACACUAAAGUACUACUACUGGGCCGUCAACCCUGCAGACAGCAGUGGCAUCAUGCCAAAGGGUCUUGAUGGUCCAAGGCCGACCCAGAAAGAAAUAAUUUCUCUGCGGGCAUUCAUGCUUCUCUUCCUCAAGCAACUCAUCCUGAAGGACCGAGGGGUGAAGGAGGAUGAGUUGCAGAGCAUCCUAAACUAUUUGUUAACAAUGCAUGAGGAUGAGAAUCUGCAUGAUGUGUUACAGUUGGUGGUAGCCCUAAUGUCUGAGCAUCCAGCCUCCAUGAUCCCUGCUUUUGACCAGAGAAAUGGAAUACGGGUAAUCUACAAGCUCAUGGCCUCUAAGAGUGAAAGCAUUCGAGUACAAUCCCUCAAAGUCCUUGGGUACUUUCUCAAGCAUUUGGGCCACAAGAGGAAGGUGGAGAUCAUGCACACACACAGCCUCUUUACUCUCCUGGGAGAGAGGCUCAUGCUGCACACCAACACUGUGACGGUGACGACCUACAACACUCUGUAUGAGAUUUUGACAGAGCAGGUGUGCACACAGGUAGUUCACAAACCUCAUCCUGAGCCUGACUCCACUGUCAAGAUUCAGAACCCAAUGAUUCUCAAGGUGGUGGCAACCUUAUUGAAGAACUCUGCCCCCAGCACAGAGCUGAUGGAGGUUCGGCGGCUCUUCCUUUCAGACAUGAUCAAACUGUUCAGCAACAGCCGAGAGAACAGACGGUGUCUACUUCAGUGUUCUGUAUGGCAGGACUGGAUGUUUUCUCUUGGCUACAUCAAUCCUAAAAACUCAGAUGAGCAGAAGAUCACUGAGAUGGUGUACAACAUCUUUCGAAUUCUGCUCUACCAUGCCAUCAAGUAUGAGUGGGGAGGAUGGCGUGUGUGGGUGGAUACACUCUCUAUAGCCCACUCUAAGGUGACAUAUGAGGCACAUAAAGAGUACUUGGCUAAGAUGUAUGAAGAGUACCAGCGCCAGGAGGAGGAGAAUAUUAAGAAAGGGAAGAAAGGGUUGGUCAGUACCAUCUCUGGUCUAUCUUCUCAGGCCUCUGGCAUCAAGGGUGCAAUCAGAGAAAUUGAUGAUAACUCCCAGACACCUGAGAGUGAGACGGACUAUGAGAGUGCCGACUCACGCAACUUGCUGGCUGAAGGAAAGGGGCCUGAAGAGGCUCUGAGUGGAACGGGGGGUGCAGUAGAUGGGGUCAGGGUUGAAGUUCAUGACCUUCUUGUGGACAUCAAGGCUGAAAAGGUGGAGGCUACUGAGGUUAAACUGGAUGAUAUGGAGUUAUCCUCUGAAACUCUGGGAGUAUCUGAGAAUGGAACGCUGGUGGAGGUCGAUUCUCUGUUGGAUAAUGUUUAUUGUGCUGCAGUGGAAAAGCUCAACAGUAAUGCCAACAGCAUGUUGUUGCCAAAGGGCAGCAUAGAUGAUCAAAAUGCACCCCCGCUCAUUACGCUAGAUGAUGACAAGGAUAGUAUCCCUAGCAGCAACAACUUCCUGUUUGGCGAGGUGACAGGCAGCAUCGAGGAUAAGCUACUGCCUGAUCUCAGUCCAGCUGAGCCUCUGGUCCUGCCCAGCCCAGAGCCUCCAGUGCACACCAGUGCCAGUGAUGAACUGGGCCUUCUAGCUCACAUGACAGGUGGCUCUGAGCUUGGCUCUUUACCUAGUAUCCUGGAGAAGGAUGAGUUUGAACUACAGGCAGCCUUGGAGGGCAUCAGCUCUGUGGCUGGUACUGAGGCUGAGGCCUCCUACAAAAGCCCAGAGGUUACUGAGGGCACAGCUGCAGCGGUAUCUGAUGGGGACCCCUCGGCCAGUAAGACCAGCAGUACAGCAGAUGCAACAAGCAACACUUCUGACACAGAGAGAUCAGAUGAUGGCAAAGACAAGGAAAUGAAGAAGAUUCAGACAACAGCCACCACACAGAGUCUACAUGGCCGUCUAGCCACUCAAAUGGAGCGGGACAUACGUGUGGACCUGGGCUUCAGGGGGAUGCCCAUGACAGAGGAACAGCGACGCCAGUUCAGCCCUGGCCCACGCACCACCAUGUUCCGCAUCCCAGAGUUCAAAUGGUCAGCCGUGCACCAGAGACUGCUCACUGACCUGUUGUUUGCACUGGAGAGUGACGUCCAUGUCUGGAGGAGCCACUCCACCAAAUCUGUCAUGGACUUUGUUAAUAGUAAUGAGAACAUCAUCUUUGUCCACAACACCAUCCACCUCAUCUCACAAAUGGUAGACAACAUCAUUAUCGCUUGUGGAGGGAUUUUGCCCCUUCUCUCAGCGGCCACCUCUCCCUCUGUAAGUGCACCUUACUGUCUCCACUGAAGGGGUAUAAUGCCAUCUAGUGGUAGCUUAUUAUAAGUGCUUGGACUAUAGUCUGUAGUUCACAACAAUACUCUAUGCAUGUGUGGAAAAUGACGUGGGACGGAGUUGGACAACAUCGAGGCAACGCAGGGCAUGUCCUCAGAGACCGCCAUCACUUUCCUGUCCCGUCUCAUGGUUAUGGUCGACGUGUUGGUGUUCUCAAGCUCCCUCAACUUCAGUGAGAUUGAGGCUGAGAAGAACAUGUCCUCUGGUGGCUUGAUGCGUCAGUGCCUCAGGCUUGUGUGUUGUGUGGCUGUUAGGAACUGUCUGGAGUGCAGGCAGAGACACAGAAAUAAGUCUUCCAUUCCCAACAACAACAAGACUCAGGAAAUCCUGCUAAAUGCUGUGACUUCCAGCAAGACAGCCAUAGAGCUUGUCCCUAGUAACCUGUCUCCCAUCAAGGACCCUGAUCGCCUUCUGCAGGAUGUGGACAUCAAUCGUCUGCGCGCUGUGGUGUUUCGUGAUGUGGAUGACAGCAAGCAGGCCCAGUUCCUGGCUUUAGCUGUGGUGUAUUUCAUCUCUGUCCUCAUGGUCUCCAAGUACCGUGACAUCCUGGAGCCCCAACGUGAGACUGCCAGGAUAAGCAGCCAGUCAGUCCGCAGCGCACGUCAGGAGAUCACCUCACCAACCAGCACAGAAACACCUCUAGCAUUUGACAGCAGUAAGGACCAUCUUGUGCCAUCAGAAGACCUCCACAUGGAGAGCUGUCUUCCCCACACAGACUCUGGGAUCGGAGAAGAGCAGGUAGCCAGUGUCCUUAAUGGGUCUGACCUAGACCACAGCGCUGGAGGGCCGUUCACCAUGAGUGAGCAGAUAUCUACGUUGUCCUCAGAGGUGAAGAAGUCCCAGGAGAGUCUGUCCGACCCACCCAGUGUGGAGGUGCUGAAACAGACCUCCUCCAUCACCAGCAUUAGCCAGCCCAACAAGGGCAUCAGUGUCAAAGAGAUUUUGAAGAGCCUGGUGGCGGCUCCAGUGGAGGGAAUGGAGGCUGGGCUGGAGCCUGUGUCCUACCCAGACCCUGCUGCUAAAGCUCAGGCCCAAGCCAUGCUUCCCAUGCAGUUUCACUCCUUUGACAGGAGUGUGGUUGUGCCUGUGAAGAAAACCUCCCCUGGCAGCCUCGCAGUUCACACUGUAGGAAGUAGCAGCACCACCUCUGCUGGGCUGACAGCUGGCAGCACCCCCAACAUCUUUGCUGCUGCCUCUGUGACGCCCAAAAGCAUGAUCAACACCACAGGAGCCACUGAUGCAGCCCCCUCUACCUCCUCAUCUUCUAGUUUUGUUAAUGGAGCAACCAGUAAAAAUCUGCCUGCCGUGCAGACGGUGGCUCCGAUGCCUGAAGACACAGUAGAAAACAUGAGUGCCUUUUGUGAAGUGGACCAGUGUCCACUACGCCAGGGACUGACACCUCCUGAGCUCAAACCCUUUAGCUCCCUGACAGGAUUACAGGCAGCCUCCAGAGGUGCAGGCCAGUGUCUUAGCAUUACUACAAAGCUGGAGAGGGCCUUGGAAAAGGUUGCACCCCUGCUGCGAGAGAUCUUUGUGGACUUUGCACCUUUUCUAUCACGUACCCUGCUGGGCAGCCAUGGGCAAGAGUUGCUCAUAGAAGGCACAGGUCUAGUAUGUAUGAAGUCAAGCACCUCAGUGGUGGAGCUCGUCAUGCUGCUUUGUUCUCAGGAAUGGCAGAACUCCAUUCAGAAGAAUGCUGGCCUGGCCUUCAUUGAGCUAAUUAAUGAGGGAAGGUUGCUCUGCCAUGCCAUGAAGGACCACAUAGUUCGGGUUGCCAACGAGGCUGAAUUCAUCCUGAACAGACAGCGAGCGGAGGACGUCCACAAACACGCAGAGUUUGAGUCCAACUGUGCCCAAUAUGCCGCUGAUAGAAAAGAAGAAGAGAAGAUGUGUGACCACCUGAUCAGUGCUGCUAAACACAGAGACCAUGUGACGGCCAAUCAGUUAAAGCAGAAAAUCGUCAACAUCCUCACCAACAAGCACGGAGCCUGGGGGACACUGGCCCAAAGUCAGCUGCACGACUUCUGGCGUCUUGACUACUGGGAGGAUGACCUGCGGCGGAGGCGGAGAUUUGUCAGAAACCCAUUUGGCUCCACCCAUUUAGAUAUCACAUGCAAGUCACUGCAGGAGUAUGGUACAGAGGAAGAUGAGUUGGUCAAGUCUAAGAAGGCCUUCCGCAGCCAAACUGUGGCCAGCCAGAACCCUGAGACAGAGCUGAUACUUGAUGGAGACGAUGAUGCUGUCAGCCUGCUGCAGGAGAAGGAGAUGGACAACCUGGGUGGCCCAGUGGUUCUGAGCAGCCCGGCCCAGCUUGUUGCCCCUGUCCUGGUGGCGCGGGGGACCUUGUCCAUCACCACCACCGAGAUCUACUUUGAGGUGGAUGAGGAUGACCCUGCCUUCAAAAAGGUCGACCCAAAGGUUUUAGCAUACACCGAGGGCUUACAUGGGAAGUGGAUGUUCAGCGAGAUCCGGGCGGUCUUCUCCAGACGCUACCUCCUGCAGAACACAGCGAUUGAGGUCUUCAUGGCCAACAGAACAUCAGUCAUGUUCAACUUUCCUGACCAGGCCACAGUAAAGAAAGUGGUGUACAGUCUUCCUCGAGUUGGAGUGGGCACCAGCUAUGGACUUCCACAAGCCAGACGCAUCUCCCUGGCCACCCCUCGACAGCUUUUCAAAUCCUCCAACAUGACUCAGCGAUGGCAGAGGAGAGAGAUCUCCAACUUUGAGUACCUCACGUUUCUCAACACUAUUGCAGGGAGGACAUACAAUGACCUGAACCAGUACCCUGUCUUUCCCUGGGUCCUCACCAACUACGACUCUGAGGAGCUGGACCUGACCUUGCCAGGGAACUUCAGAGAUCUCUCAAAGCCUGUUGGUGCUCUGAAUCCAAAGCGCGCAGCAUUCUACGCUGAACGCUAUGAGACAUGGGAAGACGACCAGACACCACCUUGUCAUUACAACUCCCACUACUCCACUGCUGCCACCGCCCUGCACUGGCUUGUCAGAAUAGAGCCCUUCACCACGUUUUUCCUCAGUGCCAAUAACAACAAAUUUGACCACCCUGAUCGCACCUUCUCAGCCAUUGACCGCUCCUGGAGAAAUUGUCAGAGGGACACCUCUGAUGUAAAGGAACUGAUUCCUGAGUUCUACUACCUCCCGGAGAUGUUUGUCAACAGCAACGGCUACCAUUUGGGAAUGAGGGAGGACAGGACCAUGGUUUGUGAUGUGGACUUGCCAGCCUGGGCCAAGAAGCCUGAGGACCUUGUUAGGAUAAACAGGAUGGCCCUGGAAAGCGAGUUUGUGUCAUGUCAGCUGCAUCAGUGGAUUGACCUUAUUUUCGGCUACAAGCAGCGAGGCCCAGAGGCGGUGCGUGCCCUCAACGUCUUUCACUACCUGACUUACGAGGGCUCCAUCAACCUGGACAGUAUCACUGACCCUUUGCUCAGAGAGGCCACAGAGGCGCAGAUCCAGAGCUUUGGACAGACGCCAUCUCAGUUGCUUAUUGAGCCACAUCCUCCACGCAGCUCCGCCAUGCACCUGUGUUUCCUUCCACAGAGUCCUCUCAUGUUCAAGGACCAGAUGCAGCAGGACGUCAUCAUGGUUUUGAAGUUUCCAUCCAAUUCGCCUGUAACCCAUGUGGCCGCCAACACUCUGCCACAUCUCAACGUACCUGCUGUGGUCACCGUCACCUGCAGCCGCCUAUUUGCUGUCAACCGUUGGCACAACACCGUUGGUCUCCGAGGAGCACCAGGCUACUCUCUGGAGCAGGCCCAUCACUUACCCAUAGAGAUGGACUCUCUGGUUGCCAACAAUACUGGGAGCAACAAGCGUCAGAUCACAGACCUAGUGGACCAGAGCAUCCAAAUCACCACACAGUGUUUUGUGGUGACAGCUGACAACCGCUACAUCCUGGUGUGUGGCUUCUGGGACAAGAGCUUUCGUGUGUACUCCUCCGAGACAGGCAAGCUGACGCAGAUAGUUUUUGGCCACUGGGAUGUUGUGACAUGUCUGGCCAGGUCAGAAUCUUACAUUGGAGGAGACUGCUACAUCGUCUCUGGGUCCAGGGAUGCAACCCUGCUGCUGUGGUACUGGAGUGGGCGGCACCAUAUUAUUGGCGACAACCCGAAUAACAGUGACUACCCAGCCCCAAGAGCAGUUCUGACAGGUCACGACCAAGAAGUUGUGUGUGUGUCAGUCUGUGCAGAGCUGGGCCUGGUCAUCAGCGGAGCCAAAGAGGGUCCAUGUCUGGUCCACACCAUCACAGGGGACCUGCUGCGGGCUCUGGAGGGGCCCGACCACUAUCAGUGCCCACGGCUUAUCUCAGUGUCCAGCGAGGGCCACUGCAUCAUCUACUACGAGAGGGGCCGCUUCUGCAACUUCAGCAUUAAUGGAAAACUGCUGGCACAGAUGGAGGUCAAUGAUUCCACUAGGGCUAUUCUCCUGAGCAGUGAUGGCCACAACCUGGUGACAGGCGGGGACAACGGCGUGGUGGAGGUUUGGCAGGCAUGUGACUUCAAACAGCUCUACAUCUACCCAGGCUGCGACGCUGGCAUCCGAGCCAUGGAUCUGUCACAUGAUCAGAGGACUUUGAUCACAGGCAUGGCCUCUGGCAGUAUUGUGGCAUUUAAUAUCGAUUUCAACCGGUGGCACUAUGAGCAUCAAAACAGGUACUGAGGCGAGAGAUCCACGCAGCAGAAGCCAAGUGUAGAAGGUUAAGAGGAACACUUACCAACCAGUGACCGGACAGUGCUGCUGAAGACCCACAGUGCAUAGAGGAGAUCCAGUGGACUGGAGAACAUCAGCAUGGUGUAGCUAAUAAAGAACAAGGGGUGCGCCCACAUGUUCAUCUGAACUUGUUGCCAAUUGUCUGUUGCCGAACAAUCUGAACAUUUUGUGUUGGUUUUCAUGUCUUACCUGAGCACCAGCAGAAGCAAUUCCACAACUGAGUGAAGCAGGUGUGUAGUUCUGGACAAGGAGAGACUGAGAUCAACUUAAGUUAACACAAUUACACAGUUAAGUUUAAAACAGACUUAAUGUAAGCUUUGAAGUUCCUGUUUCAAACUGUGAAAAUGCAAAACAAAACGAAUCCUCUGUUAAGAGCAUUUAUACAACAUUUGUAUGACAGAUACAUAUCUCAACUGGAACACUUUUAUAGGAAAAAAGCUAACCUGUAAAUAUGGACAGUGUAAAGUGUUUCUUUCCUGUAAAGGUUGAGAUAAAGAUCUAAAUGCUGUUAGACUAGCCACCAUGUUAACGACAUUUCAAUCAUGUGAACCAUGUAUAGAUGUCCAAAAUGUCUUCAUUGCACACAGAUAUUAGUUGGUUAGUAAUAUACGUAUAUGACCAUUGUUUGCUCAUUGUUAUUUACAGUGGUCAAAAUGUAUGUGUAUGUGAAAAGACAAAAUGUUCAUUGCUAAUUUGUUGUGUUUAAAUGUCUAUAUGGAAGAAAAGUCAAAUUCAGUGUGAGCUUAGUCCUUUGUGAAGUAUUUGUUUUUUUUAUUAUGUCAAAGAGGAUAAUUGUGAUAUUUCCAUACUUACUUUAAAAUGAGGACUAUUUUGUUUAUUAAUGGCAAAGAAAUAAAAUUACUGACUGUAAGAUCUUGAAAUGAUACAAGUGGGACAUUUGUAACAGCAGUUAUCAAGCUUUUCUUUUGUUAUUUCAGUUUCUUCCAAAAAAAUGUGCAGACGAUCAAAUAAUAGAUUUGUUGGAUAGUUUCACGACUGUUAACGUGUUUGUGGUAAAGAUGUGAGACAUUUUGUAAAAAGGAAGUGUCAUUUUUAAGACGUUCUACAAUUGUUGGAACUGCAAACAGUAAUACUCAAAUUUUCUGUUUGUCUAUUUUAGCGCAAAAUGUUUGCUCCUUCAUUUUAAAUCGGUGAAAUCAUGAACACAGGUUCAUUCUGUAACACCAUGCAUUGGUAAGAACUAUUAUCACUUGCAGAAAAGGUCUAAGGAAGGUUUUCAGCUGCGUGACAAUAAAUUAUCUAAUGAUGAACAGGCGAGUGUUCCAAAAGUGACUACGGUCUAUUUUUGGUAAUAUGAAAGCAAUUGUGUCUGCAUUUAAUUGCUGAAAUGAGAAGUCGGUCACUGUGAGCUGACAAUUUAAAAUGAACAAAAAUAUGCAAAUGGUUUUGACUUUGGAUUUUGAUUUUCUAGUGGUGCUACAAGACACCACCCUACCCAAAGCUGAAGUUUGCAUGCUAAGAGCUACUGAAGGCAUUGGGUUCACUUUGCUUUCCUGUGAAAUCAUUUAGUGUCGUGAAUUUACAUUUGUUUGACAAAAAAAAAAAAAAAAUUUAGUUAAUGUUGGCAUUAAGCUGUGCAUUUUGAUUUUAUGUAACAUUUUAAGAUAGGUUAUGAUUAAUUUUGCAUACAUUUUGGAAAAGGUAGGAUAUGUUUGAAGCUUAUCUGAUUAUAUCAAAAUUAAUAACUAAAUUCAACUGCUAUCAUUUUUUUGUUUUUAAUAAAACUGAAUAAAUAUC